AUGGAAGCCAAGCCGCUCAACGAGGACGUGCCCGAGGCCGAGGAAGCGCGCAAGGUGGACGUCGAAUCGACCGCUGCCGAAACGACGGACGACGACGACAACGACGACAACACGCCACCAUUCCAGCUGAAGCUCGAGCCACCAACCCAUCUGCACUGCCUCUGGAGGAAGGAGGCCAAAGUCGUGACCGAGUUCAAGCUCAUCAACAUCACAGAGCACCGCCAGAUUUUCAAGGUGCAUGCCACCAGCGACAAGUUCCACUUUCGCCCAGCCACCGGAUGCGUCGACGCAGGCGAGCAGAAGUGCAUCCGCGUCACGUUCACCUCGGAGAGCGCCCCGCCGAACCACCGCUACAAAUUCACCGUCAACAGCUGCAAGUACGGGGGCCAGCUCCGAGCCCGGGAGGCGUGGAGCAAGAGAAAGCCUGAGGGCGCGCAGGAGCUCAUGAUGCAUUUUGAAAAUGACUCCGACGACGACGAGCUCAGCGAAUACGAAGGAGGAAUCUGUCGGCUGUGCCCACAGAUGGCGAAAUACUCGCACCAAAGAAUUGAAAAACUCUGCGGUGUUUGUGUACGCACCGUCAAAGCAGCUGCGAAGGACCUGCUUCGUGGAAAACAACACGAUUGGAAAUGCGAGAAGACGGAUGAAUACAAGCAGAAGAAUGGCGUCGACGAGUACUACAAGAUCAUGCUCGGCAGCAACUGCCACCGUUGCCUCCUUCACCAUCUUCGCGAUGACCAAGCAAAGGAUCCCGAGGAACCGACGCGAGACAUGCACGAAUACCCCUCAAGCAGCGCAAGCGAG